AUGUCUAGCCCCCCGCUCAAACGCAACUCUGACCACCUCUCGGCCCCAGCAGUCGAGUCCAAGAAGCCCAAGGGUGGAAGCAUCACGUCUUUUUUUGGAACACCGAAGCCUAAGGCUCAGGGGACGCAAUCGACCAGCUCUCCUCGUAACAGCAGUUUCAACAAGGAUAAAUGGGUGGCGUCCUUGACUCCCGAGCAGAAGGAGCUGCUGCAGCUGGAAAUUGACACCCUGCACGAGAGCUGGCUGGCUCAUCUCAAGGAUGAAGUCGUUACUCCUGAAUUCCUGUCGCUCAAGCGUUUUCUCAAGAAAGAAAGAGAGUCCACGGUCAAAAUCUUCCCCCCGGAAGAGGAUGUCUAUUCUUGGUCCCGACAUACCCCGUUGCACAAGGUGAAAGUGGUCAUUAUUGGCCAGGAUCCAUACCACAACGUCAACCAAGCCCAUGGCUUGGCCUUUUCUGUCCGUCCUCCCACCCGAGCUCCAGCCUCCCUGGUCAAUAUCUACAAAGCCAUGAAGAAGAACUACCCGGAUUUUGAAACCCCACCCAACAACGGAGGACUUCUCACUCCUUGGGCCGAACGGGGCGUCCUCAUGCUCAACACAUGCUUGACUGUUCGAGCGCAUCAGGCUCACAGUCAUUCCAACAAAGGAUGGGAACAAUUUACCCAGAAGGUUUUCGAUCUGGUUGCUCGAGUGCGGACUCGUGGAGUGGUCUUCCUCGCGUGGGGGAAACCGGCUGGAUUGCGCGUGACUAAAAUCGACCGAAAGAGGCAUUGUGUUUUACAAUCAGCACAUCCCAGUCCUUUUAGUGCCAACCUAGGCUUUUUCGACAAUGGCCACUUCAAAAAAUGCAACGAUUGGCUUGCUUCGAGAUACGGGCCCGACGAGAUCAUUGACUGGAGCUUGGUGCCUACCAAGAAGGCCAUCUCAUCGCCCUCAGGCAAAGAAAAUGAACCAACGCCGACCAAACAGCUGCCCGAGGAUCAAUCCCCGGCGGGUGGGGACGCCCAAGCUAAACCUGCUCCAACGGAUGAGUUCGAUGACGCAGAUGCUCUUGAAGCUCUGAUUGCCGCAGAGACUGAGGGAAAACCCACAAGCCCUGUUUGA